AUGUUAACAAAAGCGACAAAACUCAUGUUCACUGCAAGGCCAUUGCUAACACUCUCGAGGUCAGCCGUCUGUGUUAGAGGCUUCCAUGCAGCUUCCCCCCUAUUUGCGUCAGAAGUUCCUGCAAAUCCUCAGUAUUCGUGGACCAACCCUGACAAUGUCCCUAAGGGUCAGAGCUUGGCAAAGUACGGAAUCGACCUGACCGAACUUGCCAAGAAGGGCAAGUUGGAUCCUGUCAUCGGCCGCGAAGAAGAAAUUCGUCGUACUCUGGAGGUCUUAUGCCGUCGAACGAAGAACAAUCCUGCUCUGAUUGGAGAUCCCGGUGUGGGAAAGACAGCCAUCGUGGAGGGCAUUGCCCAGCGAAUUGUCGCCGGAGAGGUCCCCGACAGUAUGAAGAACAAGCGAGUGGUCUCUCUGGAUCUCGCUGCUAUGGUGGCUGGAGCAAGCUUCCGCGGUUCCUUUGAGGAGCGUCUGAAAGGGGUUUUGAAGGACGUGAAGGAGAGCAACGGCCAAGUCAUUUUAUUCAUCGAUGAGCUUCACACGCUGGUGGGUUCAGGAGCCACUGGAGGCAUGAUGGAUGGUUCGAACAUCCUCAAGCCUGCUCUGGCGCGUGGCGACUUGAGCUGCGUGGGAGCAACGACUCUCGACGAGUACCGAAAUAGCAUUGAGAAGGACGGAGCCUUGGCUCGCCGAUUCCAGCCAGUGAUCGUGGAGGAGCCUUCUCUGGACAGCACCAUCAGCAUUCUGCGUGGCUUAAAGGAGCGCUACGAAGUGCACCACGGCGUUCGAAUUGCCGAUUCCGCCCUGGUGGCAGCCGCGAACUACGCGGACCGCUACAUCACCGAUCGAAAGAUGCCGGAUAAGGCGGUGGAUCUGGUGGACGAAGCGGCGUCGCAUCUGCGUCUGCAGCAGGAGAGCAAGCCGGAGGCGGAGCGCGUCACGGCGGACAACAUCGCGGACGUGGUGUCGCGUCGCACGGGAAUCCCGCUGUCGACGCUGCUGGAGGACGAGAAACAUCGCCUUCUGCGCAUGGAGGACGUGCUGUCGCAGCGCGUGAUCGGCCAGCCCGAGGCGGUUCGGAAGGUGUCGGAGUGCAUCCGAAUCUCGCGAGCGGGGCUGCGCACGCACGACCGACCGCUGGGCUCGUUCUUGUUCCUGGGCCCGACCGGCGUGGGCAAAACCGAGCUGUGCAAGACGCUGUGCAAGUUUUUGUUCAAGGACGAGUCGUGCUUCACGCGCAUCGACAUGUCGGAGUACAUGGAGAAGUUCUCGGUGUCGCGACUGAUCGGAGCGCCGCCAGGCUACGUGGGCUAUGAAGAGGGCGGCACGCUGACGGAAGCGGUGCGUCGCCAUCCGUACCAAGUCGUGCUGUUCGAUGAGUUCGAGAAGGCGCAUCCGGAAGUGUCGAACCUGCUGCUGCAGGUACUGGACGAAGGACGAUUGACCGAUUCGCAGGGCCGAACGAUCGACUUCCGCAACACGAUCAUCAUCCUUACGUCCAAUCUGGGCAGCGAGUUCUACGCGAACUCGGUGGACGGCAUGGAGGACGCGGUGCGAAGCCAGAUCAUCAAGCGCGUGAACGAUACCUUCCCUCCAGAGUUCGUGAAUCGUCUCGACGAGCUGGUUCUGUUCCGCAAGCUGAACCGCGAGGACAUGAAGAACAUCGUCGAUCUGCAGCUCAAGACGGUGGAUCAGAUGCUCCACUACCAGAACAUGGACUUGAAGGUCACCGAGCAUGCUCGGUCCUGGCUCUCGCUGGCUGGAUACGAUCCUCGGUUUGGAGCGCGGCCGGUGAAGCGCGCCAUCCAGCAGUAUUUGCUGUCUCCGCUGUCCAAGCUGAUUAUUGGAGGCGAUAUCAAGAACGGACAGGAAGUGUUCGUCGAUGCGCAGGAUGCGGAUGCCAAGAAGCCGCCAUUGGUGAUUACUGGAAGAGCUACCGUGAAGGGAAAGGAGAUUGCCAAGAGUAAUUAAUUAGUUUCUUAGAUAGUUAGUGCGUGUGUGCGUACAUAUGUUCGUUCGUUCGUUCGUUCGUGGAGUAUAAAUUGUGUGCGAUGUGAUUGUUGCUAUUACUAUAU